GGGUUUAAUUGAAGUGGAUCUAACAAGUCAACGGGAAGGCGUGGGGCAGGCUGCAUCAGAUGGGAAGGAGCCGCCACUGCGCUUGGCCUCGAUGAGCCCCCAACUAACAUGUUGACUCAUCAGCAAAGAAGUCAUCUUAAAGCAAAGUGCACUCCUGCUGCUUUAGCUUCCACUAUAACUGUUGAUAAAUAUGCAGGGGCUGCUAGCAACAAAUUUUUUCUUGUACCUUUAGGGGCAAUACCUAAGUACCUACUUACUUUGACAGUGUGGGCCCGGAUGUGGCUGCGUGGCGAGGCUUCCAAAAGCGGUUUAAAUACGGCCAUAGACCCUUCUGCCUACAACAACUUGCACUCGUAACGUGAGGGCUCAAUCGGCUUUUGGGCAGCUCAAGGGAUUCUCUCACAUUCAACAACCACUUACCUGCCCAUAAAAUCAAAAUGGCUGCUACGCCUACUCCCCGCAAGUCGGCCUCCAGGAUUGAGAUCCAGCUCCCCACUGCUGCUGGUCUCCGGAGUGAGCGUGCUCUGCGUCGCAGCCAGUACUCCAUGGCGCCCAUCAAGCGCAAACGAUCCGACAAUGGAGACGGCGAUGACGAUGACGACGAAGAGUACUCCGACAAUGGUCGCGACGCCAUUGUCGCUCGCCGUCUGCAAAAGGAGGAGAAUCGCAGAGGUUCCAAAACUGCUCGACUUUCAGAUGCCGACCUUGCCAGACGCCUCCAGGAAGAGGAGUACGACAUGGACGAAGUCAAUGCCCCAACUGCUUCUCAACAAGGCCGACGCAGCGUGACUUCUGCCAAAGCCCUCGCCGCAGACAGUGAAGACGAUAUGUCGGAAGACAUGUCUUUUGCUGCUCGAACCAAACCCAGCGGUCAAGGCCGUAGCAGGCUUGUCAAAACGAAGACCAGCUCUUUUGCGCAGCCACCCACAAAGAAGCAGAAGAACUUGUCUUUUGCCUCUGACGACGAGGACGAACUAGUGGGUUCUAUGGACGAGGAUGAUGACUUUGACCUGUCGUCAGAGAAAGACGAUUCGGACUACGACUUUGACGAAAACCCCAAGACGUCGACGAGCAAGGGCAAGAAUCCUGUAAGAGAGACCAGAACCACGGCUUCCUCCUCAGCACAGCCGCCUGCUACAUUAGGCCCGUCGAGGCGGGACGGACAAAGGCAGAGGGAGGAGGAAGACAUUCUGGACGGCCAAGAUGAUGAUCUUUCAAGCCUUUCGAGCUACGUCACCAAUGUCACUGACGAUGCUUCAACCGCUUCAGCCGCUGCGGCCGCCUCGACCGCGUCCGAUAGUGAUGGGCGUCUUCAGAACGCCGUACGUAGGCAGUCCCGUGGUCGACGCGCCCUUCAACGUGGCUCUAGGCGGCGAGGUCAGCUCGAGCGUGACAGACUGGAACAGCAGCACCCUGAGCUUCUGACCAUGUGGCAGGAGCUUGAGGCUUCGCCGCCUCUGCGACCGGAGAAUAUCGCCCAGCCCAAGCAGAUCUCGCGCCAGCUCAAGCCUUUCCAGCUUGCGGGCGUUGCGUGGAUGAUUGCCAUGGAGCAGUCCGACUACAAAGGCGGCCUCCUCGGCGAUGAGAUGGGCCUUGGCAAGACCAUUCAGGCGGUGUCACUGAUAAUGUCGGAUUUCCCCUGCAAGAAGCCAUCUCUUGUCCUGGUCCCUCCCGUCGCCUUGAUGCAGUGGCAGUCCGAGAUUGCCUCCUACACUGACGGCACGCUCAAGACAUUCGUCUACCACGGUUCCCUGUCCAAGGCAAAGAAUGUAAGCCUCAAGGAGCUGAAGAAGUUCGAUGUCAUUAUGAUGUCCUACAACAGUCUGGAGUCGAUGUACCGCAAACAGGAGAAGGGCUUCGCUCGCAAGGACGGCAUCUACAAGGAGAAGAGUCUGAUCCACCAGAUCGACUUCCAUCGCAUCAUUCUCGACGAGGCUCACUGCAUCAAGACCAGGACCACCAUGACGGCAAAGGCCUGCUUCGCCCUCAAGACCACCUUCAGAUGGUGCUUGACUGGCACACCGCUCCAGAACCGCAUUGGCGAGUUCUUCUCUUUGAUCCGCUUCCUUCAGGUCAAGCCCUUCGCUUCGUACUUCUGCAAGCAGUGCCCCUGCUCUACCUUGGACUGGGACCUUGACGAAGAUCACAGAUGCCGUCGUUGCCAUCAUAUCGGCAUGCAGCAUACGUCCGUGUUCAACCAGGAACUACUCAUUCCGAUUCAGAAGUGGGGCAACCGUGGAGAAGGUGCAGAUGCCUUCCGGAAGCUCCGUACGAUGACCGACCGCAUCAUGUUUCGCCGCCUGAAGAAGGAUCACACUGAUUCCAUGGAGCUUCCAGUCAAGGAGAUCUAUGUCGAUCGUCAAUUCUUUGGUGAGGUGGAGAACGACUUUGCGAACAGCAUCAUGACGAACGGGCAGCGCAAGUUCGACACCUACGUCGCUCAGGGUGUGUUGCUCAACAAUUACGCCAACAUCUUUGGUCUCAUUAUGCAGAUGCGCCAGGUUGCCGAUCAUCCUGAUCUGAUCCUCCGGAAGAAUGGCGAGGGCGGCCAGAACACGCUCAUGUGCAACCUAUGCGACGAAGUCGCCGAGGAUUGCAUCAGGAGCCGUUGCAAGCACGACUUCUGCCGCGCCUGUGCUAGAACGUGGCUCGCGGCUAACGAUCAACCGGACUGUCCCCAGUGCCACAUCCUCCUGGCCAUCGACUUGGAGCAACCCGAGAUCGAGCAGAACGAGGCUGACGUCAAGAAGUCAUCGAUUAUCAAUCGAAUUAAGAUGGAGGAUUGGACUUCGUCGUCCAAGAUUGAGCUUCUCGUCCACGAGCUCCACAAGCUUCGCUCCGACAACGCGUCCCACAAGUCCAUCAUCUUCUCGCAGUUCUCGUCCAUGCUUCAACUCAUCGAGUGGCGUCUCCGCCGUGCUGGUAUCACCACUGUUAUGCUGGACGGUAGCAUGAACCCUGCGCAACGUCAAGCGUCCAUCAACCACUUUAUGACCAAGAUUGACUGCGAGUGCUUUCUCGUAUCUCUCAAGGCUGGCGGUGUUGCCCUGAACCUCACGGAGGCGUCGCGUGUCUUCAUCGUUGACCCCUGGUGGAACCCUGCGGCCGAGUGGCAGUCGGCUGAUCGAUGCCACCGCAUCGGCCAGACGCGCCCUUGCACCAUCACCCGUCUCUGCAUCGAGGACUCGGUCGAAAGCCGCAUGGUGCUGAUCCAGGAGAAGAAGACUAGCAUGAUUAACUCCACCGUCAACGCUGACGAUAAGGCCAUGGAGUCACUGAGUCCGGAGGAUAUGCAGUUCCUCUUCCGUGGAUCUUGACCUUGUCAGCCAGCGACACUUUUUAUCGAGUCGGGGUUUAUGAUUUAUCGGUGGCAUUGGGAACAGGAAAGGAUACGUAUGGGGGCUUCGGGUCAGCUCUUCAUGGAGUUGGGCGUGCGCCGUGCUCUUUUAAUACCCUCCUCCCUUCAUUGCGGCGGCAAUUGAGGCCCCGCUCGCGAACUGACCACUUUUUGAUGUAUGAGUAUGAUCGCUAAUAGACCUAUGACUUUUGGGGCAAAGUCGGCACUCACUAGCUCGCUGUUGCUUGCUCAAUAACUAGUUGUCAAAUGAU